UUCAGUUCUCAAUAACCUAUCCUUGGACAAGCUCAUUCAAUCAGUAAUAUGGCCAGAUUCACAUCAAUUGGUAUGGGCCGCAAGAAAUUUGUCGCCUCAGCUGCCGAAGAAGCUCGAGCGACUGUUCAGAAUGAUCAAUCCGGUGAACCAGAUGCCGGCCCUUCCUCGGCUCCCGCCGCCGAGGGCAAGAGCAAUGUAGACGGUUCACAGACAGCUGGUAAGAAGAAGCGAAGAGGAAGGAUCAGGGCGAGGGAUGAGAGUGGGAAGAGGAUUGCGAUCGGGGAGAAGAAGGGGCCUGAUGAUGGCAAGGUUGCGCCUCGAUGGGGCAGAGAUCCAGAGCUUGCUCGACGUUCAAAACUUUCCGCCAAGCACACAGAGGACCGAAAACAACGUCGUAUUGAAGAUCGCAAUGCCAAUGUGACCUGCUUUGCUUGCCGAGGUGUCGGUCACGCCGCUCGAGCUUGCCCGAACAUCUUACUGGCCGCUACCACUGUCGGCGCUCCUGAAGAAAAGGGUGAGGGUGAGGGUCAAAGAGGAGUUGAGAGGAAGGAGGUUGGUAGGAGGAAGGGAGGCAAGAAGGGCGGUGAUGUGACCAGCAACAAGUGCUACAGGUGCAACGGUACAGACCACUCUUUACACCAAUGUCCCGAGCCUGUUGACCCUCAGAACCCCACACCAUACGCCACCUGCUACAUCUGUCUCGGUUCUGGGCAUCUUUCCUCUCUUUGCCCACAAAACAAAAAGGGUGUGUAUGUCAACGGCGGCGCGUGCAAAGUCUGCGGCUCGACCGCUCACCGUGCCAAGGACUGUCCCCAUGACAAGCGCGAAAAGGCUCCAGCGUUCGAGCAAAGAAAGCGGGGUGACAUUGUUUUGGGUACCGGUAAUGGAGCGGGCGCAGAUGAAGAUGACUUUAUGGUCGAAGCUCGCCAUCGACCAGCCCAGAACGGGUCCAAAAACAAGCGACAUGCUCCUGCUAGGAAUGGCGAAAGACCCAUGAAGAGGAUGAGGGAUCCCGCAGAGGUUGAGGGUUAUGCUCAACAAGGCGAAGUUGUUCAGGCGCCUAGUGUGCCGUUGACGGCGAAGAACAGGACCGAAGUCGUCACGAAGCCAAAGGCCAAGGUUGUCGCGUUCUAGUUGCAUAUAUGAUACAUCAGAUAUUGGGUUUUGUGCUGUAUGUAUUUCUUAU